CCAACCACGCCUCGCGCCCUGAAAUGGAGAGCGAGGCGCACGCGCAGUUCGCGUCUCUCCACCCGGCUUAGCUCCCCGGGGCACACCCGGCUGCGGUGCGGGAGGGAGCCUGCGCAGCGGCGGAGGAAACGAAGAAGGAGAACGGGGUUCUCAUCCAGUCUCUGAAACCACCUCUGUGACCUUGGACAAGUCACUUCACUCUCUGGGCCUCAGUUUCCUCAACUGUCAAAUGAAGAGGUUAGAUUAGAUGGCCUCUGAGGUCCCUUCCACCUGUAGAUAUGAUUCCUAUGAGGAUGAAGAGAGGAAAUCUGAGUCUCCUGGUCUGAGCUCUGCAAGUUCCUGACCCAGGUUUGGGUGUCUUGGCUUGUCCGUGGUUGAGUUUCAUUAGACUUCUGCUGGAUUCAGUCAACAUUGGCCUGCUAGAAGUGCUGGCUUCCUUUGGUCUGUGACCCCUUCCCUGGUUAUUCCACUGCAGGUUUAUGUGCUGGACUAAAGGGAAGAAGUUGUCCUCUGCAUGGAAAAUGAAGCUUGUACGAAUUCAUGACAAUGCUCUGGCAUAUUCAAUGACUACUCUAGGAACUGGGAUGAUGAACACAGUCUUUAAUUUUUACUGCAUGCAGCUUUUUUUGAAGCAAUACAAGCUUUCAGAAGCUGCCUUUCACCAGUCUCAGGUAAUUUUUAUGAUCUGGAACGCUCUUAAUGACCCUCUUUUUGGAUAUAUUCAAGACAAUGCCAAGGCAUCUUGCUGUUCAGGACGCCAAAUUGCUAUUUUGUAUGGUGCCCCUUUCUAUGCAUUGGCUUUCCUACUUCCUUGGUUCCCUUGGAAACACUACCAAGAAGGCGACUGGCUUAGCGGGCUUCAGCUUGUGGUAUCCUUAUGCGCUUUUGAUGGCAUGUUGACGUUUGUACAGCUAGCCCAGUGUGCCCUGUUUGCAGAGAUUUCCACUCAACACGAGAGCAGACUUCAGCUUGUUAAAUAUAACCAAGUGGCAUCACUAGUGGGAUCCACCAGCACACUUUUCUGUGGCCUUAUUUCUGAUAACAUGGAAAAUUUACCCCAUUUCCAGGCUUUUUCCAUUGUCAUUGCUAUUCUUGCCACUGCCUGCCUUUUUUAUACUGGUAUUUACAGUAUGAGUCACUAUGAACUUAAAGGAACCCCUGGAGAAACCAGUAUCUCAGAAAGUAAAUCAGAACUCUCCUGGGCCUCAGCCAUCUCAUUGACCAAAGAGAUACUGGCCCAGAAAAACUUUCUGCUUUUCUUGGCAAUGAAUUUCUUCCAAGUCCUCCAUUUAACCUUCUUCAGCAACUUCAUGAUGGUCUUUGCAGAUAACCUCAUCCCCAAAGAUGCUCUUUCUUCUUCUGUGAGGAGCGCCAUGUAUGGGGCAGGGCUUAUUUGUCCGCAGUUUCUUGUGCUCCUCAGCCACUCCUGGCUCAGGAAGUUUGGUUACUAUAAGGUUGUUUUAUUUUCCUUCUAUAUAGAAGGAGCAGCUGCAGCUGUGAUGUUUGUCCUGGGACAGGAACACUAUUACAUUUUGGCUUUUUAUCUCGUAGCUAACAUGGUAGUAGUUCAAGCCUCAUUUAGUUUAUUCAAUUUGCCUCUGGCUGACAUCAUUGAUGCAGAUGUACUGAAAUUUAAACGGAAAUCACCCCUUUCCUCGAUGGUUUUUGGAACCAAUGCUUUGUUUACCAAACCUGCCCAGUCUUUAGCUCCUAUGGUUAUAGUCACUGUGUUAAACCAGUUUGGAUAUGAGCAGCUAAACAAGAAGUCCAUACAGAUUGAUCCCAGUUUAUUAACAGGUCUUCAUGAUGCAAUGUUCACCUUGACUUGUCUGGUUCCGCUGGGCAUCGCAAUAAUCCAGAUUCUGGCUUGGACUCCCUUCUCUAUCAGGAGUAGCCAUCACUCAGACUGGGCAGUGACCCCCAAACAAGAUCAUAUUCUAUCAUGGAAUUGAAAUAUGGCUUGAAGUUUUUAUAUUUUUUUAAUUAAAAAUUUUUUCAGUCAGCAAAAAUCUGCCUUCUCUGCCUUUCCCCUCCUCUGUAUUGAGAAAGAAUGAAAAACAAAACCACUGUAACUUUUGUAUUUUUUUUAAUAUAUUGAAUUUAUAGUAUGCCAGAAGGAAAAACUGCUCAUUUUACCUCUUAUCUGUUAAAAACAACUUCAAGGGCUCCCUUGUCUCCUUUGAUUAUGGGACUAAAUGUAGUUUGUUAUUAAAUAACAACCUGCCUCUGAUGGUUGUAGAUUAUCAUGUUAUAGUUCCAUAAUUUCUUGUAUGCUCAGUAUAGCCUAUAGCUCUAGGUAAUGGAAUUGCUACAUGAAUUGCUUAGAUGAAUUCUCUGUGGGUGGGUGAGGGGUCCUAGAGUAUACUUGGCUAUAUACCUUACUUCUAGAUUCUCUGACACUAUGCUGGUCUGAACUGAUUUUUAGGAAUUGAUUGGGUUUUUUGUUGUUUUUUUUUUGCUUUUAGGCAGUUGGGGUUAAGUGACUUGUCCAGGGUCACACAGCUAGUAA